AACCUCUGCAUUAACAACAUGGCCCGCAUUGCCCAGACUGAGUUCUCCUGCGCCUCCGACGACAUUGGCUGCUUCUGCACUCAGUCCAACUGGGCUUACGGCAUCCGCGACUGCUCUCGCCAGGCUUGCGAUGCUGACCAGUCCGCCCAAGCCGUCUCGUGGGCUUACGCUCGCUGCGCUGGUGUCGCUGCCACUGCCACUGGCUCUGGUGCUCCUGCUGCUCUUCCCAUCUUGACCUCCGCUGUUGCUAGCGCCACUGCUGUCGCCCCAGGAUCCAUGGUCACCUCGGUUAUCACAUCUGUCGUCUCCAGCGCCGCAUCUGGUGCCGAGAGCGUUACCUCCUCCAUCGGAUCUGCCGCUUCCUCCGCUCUUGCCUCUGGCGAGUCUGCCAUCAGCUCUGCCCUUGAGUCUGCCAGCUCUGCCCUCGCUUCUGCCAGCGCCAGCAUCUCCUCUGAGCUUGCCUCUGCCACCGACUCUGCUGGCAACGCCAUCUCUUCUGCCACUGACUCUGCUGGCUCUGCCAUCGCUUCCGCUACCGACUCUGCUGGCAGCGCCAUCUCCUCUGCUACCGACGCCGCUGGCAGCGCUGCUUCCUCUGCUGGUAGCGCCGCUUCCUCGGUCGCUGAGGGUUCCGCUCCCAUGGUCACUGGCAUUCCCUUCGCUGCUGGUGCCGGUAUUGCCGCCUGGCUCCUGCUCUAAGCGUCUUGCCUCGAUCCAACUCAAGGUCCUUGCCUGACGGAGUAAUGUGUAUAAUGAUGGGCGGUAAUGCAAGGUGGGCUUUGGAUAUCAUGAUGGAUGGGCAGCGCUUCUCUUCUUUCCUUAACGAACACUCACGCGAAAGGCAUGAUGAUAACGACGGAUUCGUUAUGCCUGGGACUGUUUUCUUCACGACUGCGACUUGAUACCCCGAAUAUGGGAACU